AUGCUUUUUACUUUUCUCACCAUAGUCACGCGCUGGUCACGCUCCACGUCCAAUUUUUAUGCUCUGAUUGGUCAAAAUUUGACAGGUGAGUUCAUGCGGAGUUUUUUGUCAACUCGUGAUGUUUUUAACUGUCUUUUUCCACUGGAUGUACAAAAUGCAAUACAGCUGCUAUCAAGAGUCUUUUGUUAUUCAUGGCUGCUGGUUUCUUUAUUGAAUUUUUUGGUAGAGAAAUGCGCCGCUUGCCAAAGUCGGAAAUCCGAUUUCGGAUGGCAUCGUUUCUGUUUUUAACUUUGCUGGAUGCGUAAGAGAAUUAUAAAGGCUCAAGCGAUCCUGGCCUUAUUUGAUAGCUCUCAGGAGCUACGUCUCGAAAUAUGGUAAGCCUGAGUAAUUGUUGUAUUUAUAUUUAAUUUUAUGAAGUCGAGCGCAGUUUAUGAAGCUAGUUUAUGAACGUUUGUAUUAAGAUUUAAGACACUGAUCUGACCCAGUAUGAGGUUUGAUAUAAGCGUACAGAACUUUAAAAAGCCUUUAGUCGAUAUCAAUUCACCGCAAAUAGCAAGAAAAAACUUUCCGAAGAAUAUAUAGUUACAAUUUUGGCUGUAGAAAGAAAGCUUUGAGCGAUUUUCUUGUCGCGAGUUCAUCUUUGAAGACAGCAAACACCGGGAAGCCGGUGGCUUAAAACAUAAACUUAAUCUUUAAGCUUAAAGACUCAGGAUUCUUAGAGACACUUAAACACUUAUUUGUUUUUGUGAAUGAAAAUUGUUGUCUAUGUAAAUGUUCUACCCAAUUAUAUUUCUUUAUUGAUUUUAGUAGUCUCAAAAGUGCAAUUUUCAUCGCUUUGCUGUUUGUUUUCAGUCGUUCAUGAACAUCGCUUGCUGGAGCACUCAAAAUGCCGAGCGUAUCAAACGCUUUUUAGUUAUAAAGCCAUUAAUAAAAAAAAUAAACACAAUAAAUUCUUUAUCAUGUUGAAGCGUAACUCUUUUAAAUUUCUUUGCAAAUUUAGCGCUUAUCAAAAGUUAGAACCGGCUGGCUGUAUAGGUGAUUUUGGAAAUUUUUUUAACGGUUUCGCUAAAAGUCAACGCGUGCCUCGAUGGUCCCGAAUAUUGAAUGAAUGCAAUUUGUCUUGAAAAAUUGUGAAAUACUACAUUUUGUACGAGGUCUGUACGAUAAAAACAGCGCCUCCUAGUACUCUUUCUCCUCAGACGUGAUGUAUAAAAAAAUAUAAAAGGUUGGUUUGCACGCACCCAGAUUUGUUGGCAAGAAAAUGUAAAGUAAACUUGUCAAACGCAAAAAAUUCGACCUGAUUUGUUUUCCAAGAGUUUGUUUUCCAUUGAAUUUGGCUAUCAACUCGAUGCAAGAUUUGUUUCACUCUAAAAUCACUUAGCCUUACCCUCAAAAGUCACAGGAAUGUGCCCUGAAGUUAACGCGGUCGCGCGGCAAUGCGAGACCAUUUGCAUUAGAUUAUAUUUUCUGGUGAAUAUAUUAUUUACAGACAUCGACGAUUGUGUUAACCACAACUGUGCUAACGGUGGAUCUUGCGUGGACGGUGUAGAUACCUACACUUGCAAUUGUCCAUCAGGUUUUACUGGAAUGUAUUGCGAAAAAGGUAAUUCUUUGACACUUUAGCCCCUUUAACGAUCACUUUACAAAGAAUCCAAUAAUUCCACCGUUCUGUCACGUAUAAAAAGCUGAGAUCGUUUUUUUUUUUGGUAAAAUGUUUAGUUUUGACUGCUUUGCCAAAAUAAAUUGUAAAAUUUAAUGAAUUAAUUUACUUUUUUCUAAUACAGCAAUGAGAGGUGAUCGAACGGUCGCGCGGCAAUGCGAGAUUAAUAGACCAUUUUCACGAUGACGUAAAUGUGAUAAAGUGUCUUCAUGGAUAUUUAAUUUUCGUUAUCCCAGUGAUUUUUAAAUUUUAUUUGCAAAAUAAAGCAAAACCCUGAAGGAUUAUCAUAGUAGUGGUAGUGGCAGAGGCAGCGGUUAGCAGCAGCGGCUAGCAGCUGCGGUGGCGACGGCUGCAUCGGCAUUAACAGCGGUAGCUGUAGCAGUAACAGUAGUAGCAGCAGUAGUAGCAGCACCAGCGGUAGCAGUAGCAGUAGUUGGUUAAGCUAAUUUUCAUUUCAGGGAUAUUUAUUAACCUGUCACCUGGCCAAUCAAAAAAUGGAAGAGUUAACAACAAUGUCCCCCAAAACUCCAACUGGUUCGAUCGGCUGCUCAGUGAGAUUUUAUAUGAGUCUGUAACGCUGACAACGUUCGGUAUUGUUGUUUUCAAAUACUCCUUGGUGAGAAAAAGGGGGCGGGAAAUCGUUUGUUUUAUGGAGAUUCGAAAAAAGUCAAUCGGAACAAUAGUAGAUGUAAAAGGUCAUCCGCUUUCUGUUCAUUAUUAAAUGCAAGUUGAUCAUCUUUAAGAUUGUUUUGCGCCCAGAUGAUACCGCGCUUUCACGUCAUUGACAAGAGUGACUCUCACUCAAACAAGUUUCUUUAGCCGCGCUAACGUUUUGUGUGUGGUCUGCUUUCAGACAUCGAUGAUUGUAUCAGCGUUACUUGCAACAACGGCGGUACCUGUGAAGAUGGAAUAAAUAGCUUCACCUGUGUUUGUUCAUAUGGAUACACUGGAAAAUUUUGUAAUACAGGUAAGCAGAAAGUCUCUAUUUCUAGAAAUAGAAUUUGGAAUUUGUUUCUACUUUUUCAUGGUCGUAAGGCACCUACAAGUAAGCGAGCAACAACAGCUUACAACAGACCAAAGACAACGCUGCAUACCCAGGCAAUACCUUAGAUAUUAAUCGAUGUUGCCAAGAGACUCCCUGCCUGCCACUUAAUAAUAACGCUGGGUUUAAUUUGCAGGUGCAGGCGAGGGGACGAAUUAAUGAAAUUAUGUAUGGAUUUAAGAGUUAGGGCUCGAGUUACAGGACCUUACCUUUACAAUGACACCCAAAAAAGUGCAAAUGAAACCCUCCGAUGCGCUGACAAAAAGGACCUUUAGCGUAGCUUCUCCCUCCCCCCACAAAAAAACCUAUACAAACACGUUUGGGCUUAUUACAAUAAGUUUACUGUAUUAAUAAAAAAAAACUAAUUCCGUUCUACUUUCUUAAAUUGUUUCAGCAAUGCCUACCCCUCGGCCUACACCAACAAGUAAGUAAAUUAAUAAAAAUUACCCGUCAAGAGGAAAUGAGAAUAAUGCUGACAGUUUCAGAGAGUGUGCCACUUUUGUCAUGUUAGGGAUUUGAAACGAAGGCAGCUAAAAUACCUCGAAAACGUCACCAUAAGGAUCCCUAUGAAGCUUAAACUAAGAAUAAUACGUAUUUAAUGAACGUAUUUUAUUAAUUCAAAGAUUCCGAGAGUGUAUAAGGGUCAUUUGCAAGACGAAUGAGCGAUAAAACCUUUCAGGAAACAUCCAAAAAGUAGCAAAUUUGUUUGCCUAAAGUGCAGUCUUCAGUUCACGGAUAAUUUAUACCUUUUUUAGAACUUUCAAGAUAUCUCGAAAUUCCUCUCACAGAUUUCUGUGAAACUUCGCACAACGGAAGAAAAGCACCCAAAGCAAAAUUGCGCAGCGUAAAGCAUUUCCAAAGUUCAGGUCGAUAAGAGCUAAAAUUCGAUUUUUAAAGCUAAAACUAUUGUGACGUCAUUGCCACGUGAUCUUUAUUCCGAUCACCCAAAAAAUAAUAUCAUAAUUAAGUUAUGUUAAUUUUUAAUUUAUUUGUUUAAGUAGAAGAGAUUUAAAGACGGAAGGUGUCGCUACAAAAUUAUUGUACUGAGCUACCUUUAAGUUCGACCAUUGUUUAGUAGGGGUGCCAAAAAUCAUACAAAUCAGUUAAAUCGUUCCUGCUAAAAAACGCAAUUCAAAAGCAUAACCAACACUUAUAUAAGUAGGUUCGAGCCCCGUGAAACAACAACGUCAACAAAAAAAAUUAUUAUAGCAUUUUAUUCCUAAACGUAUUAACUAGCCGGAUUUUUGAUAACGUUACCGUCAAAUGGACCUUUUGCGUCCAACAAUCUCCAAAGUAGCCAUUAUAAAAAAAACUAAGAGUGCAACCAUUGCUUUUAUCUCUUCUCCUCCUUUCCUUAUUGUCCUGGUCAACAUUGGAGCUUAGAAGGAAAUACCUUUGCUUGGUUCAAAAUAAUUCAUGGCUAUUCUGAUAUUGACUAUACCACAUACGUGGUGGAUCUGACUGGCCCGACAAGAACAAGGAGUAACCAUGACUUUAAAAUCAGGCCUAGAGCAGCAAGGACAAACUAUUUUAAUAAAAUUGUCAUUUUUUAAUCGUUACGUUAAUGCCUGGAAUUCUUUACCAAACUCCGUUAUGUCUGCUUCCAGCUUGGACUCUUUUGAAAUUUUAUUACUUAAUUAUCUUUGUAAAGAGCCGUAAUUUAUUAUUUCUUACUGAUUUUGGAUGUUCUUUUUUAUUAUUAAUUCAUAUCCAAGUAGUUUAAUUAGUCUUUUUUAUAUAAUGUAUAGUUACAUAUUAGAUAUUCUAUUGUUUAUUGUUUUAUCUUAUUAUGUUUUUGGAGAGCAGUUUUUAUAUGGUUAUUCAGUUUUCCCCUAUUGCUUUAAAAAGUAUAAUUAAACUUAAGCUUAAAAUUAAACUUCCUUCUCCUCGCUCUUUCUUUUUCUCUUUUCCUUUUCGUUCGUUACUGCACGUGAUUUUGGAGCUUCUCCGGCUUAAGAAACCUGCCUUUUGACGCCUUUUCACUCAAAUGACUGCAAAUUUCGUUACGUUGGUUCUCAAAAAACCGGUUACAUAUGUUUAGAGAUAAACAGUACCUUUAGUUAGGUAUUGAUGAUUUUUUUAUUGUUAUUACUCUUUUACUCGUAGGACCCAGGUUUGCCUUUACUGUUUCAUGCUUCCCCUCUUACAUGGUGGCUCACAUAGCACGUGACAGUUUGCCUUUGGAGGCAGGUGCCAGUCUGAUCCAUCUUAACGAUCCCAGCUGUGGUGUGAAUUAUGUGACCGAGAAGAGUGUUAUUAUAAAAGCUCCACUA